AAGACUGAAAUUAACUUACUAGAUGGCAAAGUUAAUAUUCAAAAACAUAAAUUAUAACUAAAAUAGAAGAUGGGAAAUUGGCAAAGGCAAGAAAGAAAAAGAAAAAAUGGGGAGGGAGGUGUUUAGCUGUUUUUGAUGCUUUUGAUGAGAAACAGGAAAGUAAAGCAAAGAUCAAAAGCAUGUAAGAAAAUGUCCAAAGGUUACAGCUCCUUUUGUUCCCUCUUUUUUUCUCUUCUCUUUGUUCCUAUUUUCCAGUGAGAGACAUUGACUUUUCAAGCCCAAAUAAGACAUAAUGUGUGUUAAUAGGAAAACCUUUAUAUAUGUCUGCAUUAGUUUUACAUAAUUAAACCAAAACCAUAAAAAAAGAGGAAAAAACAUCAAGAGAAGGGUAAUAAUACUAAUACUAGUGGAUUUAAACAGUCCAAAAAUGUUAAAAUCAUAGGAAGAAAGGAACAGGGAAGUGUUGAAGGAUGACCCACCAAAGAAGGGCCGGUGAUUUGGACAAUAGCAAAUCCAUGGUUUGAACUUUUGCAGAUCAGCAGUUUGACAAAAAUGGGCAAAGAAGUUAAGCAACCAAAUACAUCUUCAACCAGGACUUUGUCUUUGUCUCUCUCACUGAAACCCCACACUUUUCUCUUCUCUUCUUUUUUGUUCUUUUUUUUUUUCUCCUGAGUUUACUGGCUCUCUCUGUCAAUGGACAAGCAACAGCAACAGCUGUCUUUGGUAAAGAGUUCCAGGCAAAGUUGCAAUGAAUGGAUUUUUAGGGAUGUUCCAAGUGAUAUCACAAUAGAAGUAAAUGGAGGGACAUUUGCUCUGCACAAGUUUCCUCUUGUCUCUCGAAGUGGGCGAAUCCGGAAGCUAGUUGCGGAACAUAGGGACUCAGAUAUCUCAAGGGUGGAGCUUAUGAAUCUACCUGGUGGUUCCGAGUCAUUUGAGUUGGCAGCAAAAUUCUGUUAUGGCAUUAACUUUGAGAUUACAUCCUUAAAUGUGGCUCAGCUCUGUUGUGUUUCGGAUAACCUCGAAAUGACAGAAGAGUUUUCAAAGGAUAAUCUUCACUUACAUGCUGAACAAUAUCUUGAAAGCAUUGUUUAUAAGAACCUUGAGAUGUGUGUUGAAGUUUUACAACAAUGUGAAAAUCUACUUCCUCAUGCAAAUGAGUUGAAUAUAGUUAGCCGUUGCAUAGAUGCAGUAGCCUCAAAGGCUUGUGCCGAGCAAAUUGCGUUGAGCUUCUCCCGGUUAGAGUACAGCAGUUCAGGUAGACUUCAUACAAUCAGGCAAGCCAAAUGUGAAGGGGAUUGGUGGAUAGAAGAUCUUUCAGUUAUUCGGAUCGAUUUGUAUCAAAGGGUCAUCACUGCCAUGAAAUGUCGUGGUGUUCGUCCUGAGAGUAUCGGAGCAUCCCUUGUGAAUUAUGCACAAAAGGUGCUGACAAAGAAAGUUGAUUUGGUAUCAACUGGACACCAAAAAUUGGUGGUUGAGACAAUCAUUAGCCUUUUACCUGUUGAGAGACUUGCUGUUCCUAUAAGUUUCCUUUUUGAACUUCUUAGAAAUGCAGUGAUGCUUGAUUGCACUAUUGCUGGUAGGCUUGAUCUAGAGCGUAGGAUUGGAUCCCAGUUAGAUAUUGCAACUCUUGAUGACCUUUUGAUCCCGUCUUUUCGACAUGGAUGUGAGACCUUAUUCGAUGUGGAUACGGUUUAUAGAAUCGUAGUAAAUUUUUCUCAGCAAGAUGAUGGUGAAUAUGAUAUGGAUGAUGUAUCCAUUUUUGAAUCUGAUAGUCCUCAUUCACCAUCCCAAAGUGCACUACUCAAAGUUUCGAAAUUAGUGGAUGACUAUCUUGCAGAAAUUGCUCUUGAUGUAAACCUCAAGCUUUCAAAGUUUAUGGCAAUUGCAGAGGCUUUACCUGCACAUUCUCGUACCAUCCAUGAUGGCUUAUAUCGAGCCAUAGAUAUAUACCUGAAAACUCAUAAGGGUAUACUGGAUGCAGACAAGAAGAAACUAUGCAAAUUGAUUGAUUUCCAAAAGCUCUCACAAGAGGCUGGUGCACAUGCUGCACUAAAUGAACGGCUCCCCCUCCAAUCGGUAGUCCAAGUCCUUUAUUUCGAGCAGUUAAGGCUACGAAAUGCUUUCUGUUGUUCUCACACCGAUGGCAACCACAAGCCGGUGCAUCACCAAUCAUGGCAGACCAGCAGUGGUGGACUCAGUGCUGCCAUGUCUCCUAGAGACAACUAUGCGUCUUUGAGACGAGAAAACCGAGAGCUAAAACUUGAGCUCGCUCGUCUUCGGAUGAGACUAAAUGAUCUAGAGAAAGAACAUGUUUGUAUGAAGAGAGAUAUGGCAAAGUCUCAUUCUCAUAAAUUUAUGAGUUCCUUCUCGAAGAAAAUCGCUAAACUACGCUUCUUCAGACAUAGUUCUUCGAGAGGAUCAAGUUCUCCCUCCAGGCAAUCCUACAGAGCAGAUUCGAAGGUGAUUGAGAGAACAUGUGCAAGCAUUGAGUAGGUACCUAAAAUUGCAUUCAUCCAUUCACUGACAUCAUUAAUCAGGAUUGGAAUAUUGUGUCACCCUCUUCACUCCAUAUGUGUAAUGGUUAAAAAGAAGAAAAAGAUUGCCAAUACUUUUAUUAGUUAUAUUUCCAAAGCCAUUGUCAAUGCUAGUAGUUUUUAGCAACUUCGUUGUUUUUUUUCUACAAUGAGCCCUUAAGUUCCUUUCUGCAUUCUAAAGCUCAUAUCAAUGGCAGAAAUUAUAGUUUUGUAAUACAUGGUGGAACUAGCAGAUUUUAAAAGCUAGGGUUCCUAGGCUUUUAAGGAAGAAAUCAUAACAAGAACAUCCAUAGAAGAACCACACGCAUGAGUAAAUGAACAAGUUUUUUUAUCAAAUGAAAGGGAGCAUUGAACAAACACAUGGUGAAAACUGGGAAAGACAAUUAUCAAAUUAUCACAAUCGGAGGCGAAUCUGAGUUUUUUCAACUGCAUCGGAGCAAAUGUUUGAAUAAAAAUAUCCAACCAUUUACCAACCUGCAGUAUGUGAAAAUUCCAAAGAAAUUUAAACUAGCAUAAUCUUAUUGUGAAGAUUGCUCAAAUUAUCUCUUGGGAGUCACAAUGCUUAAGAUGAAGCUGGUGUUUUGGUAUAGGAGCGGAUACCGAAGGCCAAUCCCAAGAUUAGCAGAGGAACAAGGAAUUGGAGAAGCUUUAUGACAAAUUCUGAGGUCUUGUCUUGUUCAUAGUGAGGCUGCUUUGGAGGAGUGUACUUCCUCUUAGAGGGAAUGGUCGAUGUAUCGAUGUCACCCACAUAAAACUCAUC